AUGGAAUACCCUACUCCACUGCAAUCUGUAAAUAAUAAUGAUGAUUUACAGACUACUGAUAAUUCUAUUGCUAUGACUCCAUCAACCCAACAAAAAUUAGAUUUUAUAGCUACGCCGAUUGUUUUAUACAUUAAUAAUGAUUACGAUCUAAGAAAUAUUUCCGACUUAGAGGGUUUUUUACAUAGUAUUGAAACACAAAAUAUAUCACAGGAUAUUGUAACUACAGAAUCGGAGGAAAGACCCGUCACUCCUAUAGAACCGCUUACGAAAAAGAGUAAAAUAGAUCCUAAUUUAUGGAAAGAUCGCAAAAAUAAAACUCUUAAAAAUCUGGUAAAAGUUAUGAAAGUGUUAGAACUUAAAAGCAAAACGUAG